CACACACACACACACACACACACACACACACACACCGAGAACCCAGAGUCUGAGCGCGACAUCCAACAUGCACAAAUGCUAACAAUCAAGUGUCUAAACCAGAAACACAUGGAGAGGCGAGUUUGUAAGCGCUAAUAACGCAUUAGCAGAAGCAGGCGAGCGGGGCAGGGGCAGAACUCACCGUCACAUCAUGACAUCAUUUGGUUAGAAGUCUGGUGUCGAGACAGAGCCGGAUGUGAGAGACGAGCAGGAGCUGAAGGAGCCGGAGCAGCUGAGGGAGCGAGAGCACGGAGCGAGGGACGGGAGUGAGCGUGCGGACGGAGGGAGCGAGGGAGGAAGGAGAGAGGGAGGAGGAGGAGGAGCGCGCAGCUCCAUGCAGUUCAGCAGCAGACCGGCGAGUGCCGAGCCGUGCUACAUGGGGACAUGGCAGCAGCAGAACACUGACACACACCUCCUGUUCAGGAUGUCCCAGCAGGCAAUUCGCUGCACUCUGGUGAACUGCACCUGUGAGUGUUUCCAGCCGGGGAAGAUUCACCUGCGCACCUGUGACCAGUGCAAGCAUGGAUGGGUCGCUCACGCUCUAGAUAAGCUGAGUACGCAGCACCUGUACCACCCGUCACAGGUGGAGAUCGUUCAGUCGAACGUGGUGUUUGAUAUCAGCAGCCUGAUGCUGUACGGAACUCACGCACUUCCUGUUCGCCUGAAGAUCCUGCUGGAUCGCCUGUUCAGUGUCCUCAAGCAGGACGAGGUGCUGCACAUCCUACAUGGCCUCGGCUGGACCCUCCGAGACUAUGUCCGGGGAUACAUACUGCAGGAUGCUGCAGGCAAGGUGCUGGACCGCUGGACCAUCAUGUCCCGUGAAGAGGAGAUCAUUACCCUGCAGCAGUUUCUACGCUUCGGAGAGACCAAAUCCAUCGUGGAGCUCAUGGCUAUCCAGGAGAAGGAAGGCCAAGCGGUCACGGUGCACUCUUCGAAGGUUGAUUCCGGCAUCCGGACUUUUAUUGAAAGCAACAACCGCACUCGCAGCCCUGGCCUCCUGACGCACUUGGAAAACAGCAGCCCUUCUAGUAUCCAUCAUUUUGAGAACAUCCCUAACAGUUUGGCUUUCCUGCUGCCUUUCCAGUACAUCAAUCCAGUUUCGGCUCCUAUGUUAGGCCUGCCACCUAACGGCCUGAACCUGGACCAAGCGGCUCUGAGGCUCAGAGAGCCGAACCUUUCCAAUCAAAGUGAACCAGUAGAUAGCAGUGAAUCUGAGGUGUCUCUAUCGCCUUUCCGAAACAGCCAGAGUCCAAACCGUGGUGGCAUAGGAUCCAUCCCUAAUUCCAUCGAGCCCAAGACGGAACCUAAUGGAUCAUCACCUAUCACAACAACUCCAUCUACGCAGCAGGUCCAACAGCAGCAGCAACAGCAGCAGCAGCAGAUCCAACAACAGCAGCAGCCCCAAUCCAACGCCAUAAACGAACACCACUUUGUAAAAAAUGAGCAGUCAAAGAGCCUUAGCACUUCUUUCUCUUCCAAGAUGCACCGCAUGCGUCGCAUGGGUACUCCGUCACGCAAGGGUCGCGUCUGCUGCAACGCCUGCGGCAAGACCUUUUACGACAAGGGCACUUUAAAGAUACACUACAAUGCCGUACAUCUAAAGAUCAAGCAUCGUUGCACAAUCGAGGGAUGCAACAUGGUCUUCAGCUCCCUGCGUAGCCGCAAUCGCCACAGCGCCAAUCCCAAUCCCCGUCUCCACAUGCCUAUGCUGAGAAACAACCGAGAUAAGGACCUCAUUCGCUCCACUUCUGGAUCAGCCACCCCGGUUAUCUCUAGCACUAAAAGUGGAUUCACUCUAACAAGUCCUGGACGACCUCCACUAGGCUUUGCAACUCCUCCUCUUGAUCCAAUGAUGCAAUCCCCCCUUCAGAGUCCCCUGGUCUUUCCGUCCCUAAAGUCCGUGCAGCCGGUGCAACCCAUCCCACCUUUUUACCGCAAUUUGCUUUCUCCUGCUGACAUUGUAAGUCCCCCGGUGUCCCUUCCCACCAGUCCCAUUUUACCCACUACCACUAACAGCACCUCAAUCAUGGACCAGCAGCAGCAAAUCUUAGCUGCCAGUUCCACCAACAGCCACAUCUCAGAGACAGGAAGUUUGUCUCACCACCUUUCCACUAUCUCAAGUGCACCGGAUCCCAUCACCAUUGACCCGAUGCCCAAGAAGAAGCCUCGUAAGUCCAGCAUGCCUGUUAAGAUCGAGAAAGAUCGAGAGGUACCAGAGGAUUACGACGACAAAGACGACGAUGACGACGAUGACAGCUGCCAUCACCGCCACCCGGCAUCUCACCUUCACAACAACAUCAAUGGAAACUGCAACAACAACAACAACAGCAGCGGCCAUCAAUCGCCCUCCCAGGACGAGAUGACGGAAGGCACCAGUGAGCUGCGCUGCAUGGACAGCUUUACCUCUGAAGACCAGGACCAUGAGCGUGACUUCGAGAAUGAGUCCGAGACAUCAGAGUCCAAGAUGUUCUACCGUGACGAGCCGAUGGAAGCUGAAGAUCAUCGCCACACCUCCAGAAGAAACAUGGACAAAGAAAAGGACGAGGAAGAAGAAGACCGACACAUCCAUAAAGAUUUAGAAGAUAAGAGAUGCUCCUUACCAUCCCCACACCAACCGGUUAUCAAAAUCAAAGAGGAACUCAACGAUCCUACCUAUGACAUGUUCUGCAUGGGCCAGUACAACCUGUACAAUGGUGGAAUGGCUGCCGCAGCUGCAGCCGCUGCCAGUAUGGCUGCCUUGCACGAGAGCUUUAUCUCCUCCAUGGGUUACGGAUCAAGUUCACCCAAAUUUCACCCCCAGUCUCCGGAGGGCGAUCUCUGCUCCAGCCCCGACCCGAAAAUCUGUUACGUCUGCAAGAAGAGCUUCAAAAGCUCCUACAGUGUCAAACUGCACUACAAAAACGUACACCUGAAAGAGAUGCACGUCUGCACGGUGGCUGGAUGCAACGCUGCUUUCCCUUCCCGACGAAGCCGAGACAGGCACAGCUCCAACAUCAACCUCCACCGCAAACUUCUGACCAAAGAACUGGACGACUUCGUCCUCGACCCCCAGCUCAUGCCGCUGCCCCGGGACAUGCGUGCCGAGUUGGCGGCUAAAAUCUACUCCGGACACAGACACGAGGACACCAUGUCCCCUAUAGGCAACGGUUACCGGGGCAACGGCGAUUACGUGGCGCUGGACCUGAGCACUGCGUCAAGCGUGCACUCGAGCGGCAGCGUCCAGUCGUCACGCGAUUCGGACGAGGCCAGCGACGAAGGCGUGCUCCUGGACGAGCUGGACGUUAGCGAGGGAGAGGAAGUGGGGCCUGGGUUAGGUGAAGGGGCAGAUCUGUCGAACUCAGACCACGCCUCCUCGCCAUCCGCGGUUGCUAACGGCGGCAUCCUGUGCACGAUCUGCCACAAAAUGUACAGCAACAAAGGAACGCUGCGUGUGCACUAUAAAACGGUUCACCUGCGUGAGAUGCACAAGUGCAAAGUUCCCGGCUGCAACAUGAUGUUCUCGUCCGUCCGCAGUCGGAACCGACACAGCCAGAACCCCAACCUGCACAAAAACACACCCUUCAUCUCCAUGAUCGACUAGCCCCACCUCCCGUUCCUCACACACACACACACACACGCUCCACCCACAGUGUCAAAACGUGUCAAAGGUCGGUCCUCGUCAGUCACGUGACCAUCAGACGUUACACCUCCUACACAUCACCUCACUCCUCCCUCACUGACUAUUUUUUGCUUUCUUCUUCUAUGGGAGAAUUCUGAUUGGAUGUUUCUGCGAUUGGGAGUGAUUCCAAAAUGGCCGCCUUUUUUUUAUUUUUGUGUCCAACUCCUUAGAAGUUCCUCAGACUCUUUUUUUGUGUGACUGUUGCCUGCAGAAAAACGGUAUUACUGAGAAAAAAAAACAAAUAAUAAUAAUAAUAAUAAUAAUAAUAACAAUACGAGAAAAAAAUCUCCUUGUUGUAUUUGUGUAACGAUAGCUUUACGAAAAAAAGAAAAAGAAUCCCGUACAUACAUAAAGCAUGAACAAUUUGUAAAUAAUUCUGUCCUGAGAGGAUUUUUGGUGUAAAACAAUUGUAUUGAUGGUCGCUUGCUUUUUUUGAUUUUUGAUUUUUUUUUCUUUAUUGCUUUUUUUUUUCAUUUUUCUGUUAAUUUUUUUCCUUUUCUGAUACAGUUCGAUCUUUCAGCUGAAAGUGUAGGUGACAAGAGGUAGCAUUUUACUAGCUUGAUUCAUUUAUAUAUUAACGUCAAAAUAAAAAAAAGAAAAAGAAAAUUUAAAAAAAUUUACCCAAGAACAAAAAAAAAAUUAUUGUGACUCGUUUUAUCUAUUUGUGCGAUACACAGACGGAGCCGGCAUGCUUUCAGGCUCUUUACGCCUCCUUUUUCUUUUCUUUUUUUUUCCUAAUUUUUUAACAAAAAAUUUAGUAAGACAUUUAGUUUCUUUGUUGCACUUUGCAUCUAUACUGAGCGGGAUGUGUAAUAUGAUUACAGAAAAAAAAAACGUUCGUAUGAGUUAUGGCCGGGGAGGAAAAAUAAAAUAAAAUUUUAAAAAUUAAUAAAAAAAUUGUAUCAGAAA